AACCGGAACCUUUUCUAGAAAAAAAAUCGCUUCAACUGUGUUGCUCUGUCUGCAAUAGUAACAAGAGCAGCGGCGGUUUACAGCGUUAUGACAACAUCUGGCAGGAUCGUUCCCAUGUCUGUAACGGGGUCGGAAAACGAGGAGGACACAACAGCUGACCAUGUUCUCUCUCUUCUUUUAUAAGCGGUCACAAGCAACAUGGUUAUUGCGUGGGCUGGGCAGACUCGAGGGUUUACUAAACAUUGCUAGAGUCGUGAUAUAAGCAGGAAAGGAGGGGAGUCUUAAAACAAGAAAGCUAACAGGCUACACAGCCUUUCCCCUCCAGUUUGCAAAUGGCUUUGCAUUGCUGGUUCAGCUAGCUGGGACCGGACGAGGCUGCAUAAAUGAUCGCAUAUUCACAUUCUGCCGUCGUGGUUCCUUCCUUGCCGCCCCAAGCCCUCUCGCUCCGCCGCGGCGUCGUGCUCGCGUUUGAACGCAUCUGAAGGAAAGCGGAACGUAUUCGACGGAGGCUGGAAGAUGGGCAACACCACCUCUUGCUGUGUGUCGUCAAGCCCCAAACUCCGGAGAAAUGCCCACUCGCGGCUCGAGUCGUACCGCCCUGAACCGGAGCUGAGCCGCGAGGAUACGGGCUGCAAUCUGCAACAUAUCAGCGACAGGGAGAACAUGGACGAUCUGAAUAUGGAAUGCAACCCCUCUGACCAUCCCAGAGCGAGCACCAUCUUCCUCAGCAAGUGCCAGACGGACGUUCGAGAUAAGCGGAAGAGCCUCUUCAUGAAUCAUUUAACACACAUUUUGGAGACUAAGCAUCCCCGGGCACGAGCGGAGAGGAAGUACAGCUCCUGCUCCACUAUUUUCUUAGAUGACAACACCGUCAGCCAGCCCAACCUCAAAUACACCAUCAAAUGUGUAGCUCUGGCAAUAUAUUACCACAUAAAGAACAGAGACACAGAUGGAAGAACGCUGUUGGACAUUUUUGACGAGAAACUCCACCCGCUAACGAAGUCUGAGGUGCCGCCGGACUACGACAAGCAUGACCCGGAGCAGAAGCAGAUUUACCGCUUCGUCAGAACCCUCUUCAGCGCGGCUCAGCUGACCGCCGAGUGCGCCAUCGUUGCCCUGGUGUACCUGGAAAGGCUGCUGACAUACGCGGAGCUGGACAUCUGUCCGUCAAAUUGGAAGCGCAUCGUCCUGGGGGCCAUCCUGCUGGCCUCCAAGGUAUGGGACGACCAGGCCGUGUGGAACGUGGACUACUGCCAGAUCCUCAAGGACAUCACGGUGGAGGACAUGAACGAACUGGAGAGGCAGUUCCUGGAGCUGCUGCAGUUCAACAUUAACGUCCCGUCGAGCGUUUACGCCAAGUACUACUUUGACCUGCGCUCGAUGUCCGAGACCAACAACCUGAGCACCCCAGCCGAGCCCCUCAGCCGCGACAGGGCGCAGAAGCUGGAGGCCAUCUCCAGGCUGUGCGAUGACAGGCUGAAGGACGUGAGGAAAGCGGUGAAGAAGCGCUGGCUGAGCGCGGAGAGCGUGGCGGUGCCACGGUGGGUCCCGGCCAUCGUAUCCUAACAGGCCCCGCCCACCCUGCACGCCGCAGCACGAGCCAGGCCACCUGGACCGCACCUGGAGCUCACCUGGAGCUCACCUGGAGCCACCUGGAGGAGACUGAGGACCUUCUGAGCCCGAAGAGGAGCUCGGACCUGAGCCUCACAGAGGCAGCCUCUGAUUGGACCACGGAUUCUGUUGCUAUAGCAGCAGGAGGGGAGGGGGAGGGGGAGGGGGAGGGGGAGGGGCCAGCCUCUGCGAGGGAAGCCUCUUUUUUCCCCUCACCCCUGGAGGAAUAGCGCCCCCUGCAGUUCAUGCGGUGGCGAGCGCAUUUCGCUGAGCUGGGGGCUGUGCAGUAAGAGAAGAUGGGAGGUGCUGUUUUAUAACUGUGUAGGCUACUGGUCACCUGACGUCUGAAGACUGGCACUAAUGAGGACAGAACUGAAAUGGUUGUUUUUUUGUUGUUUGGUCCUGUGAUUGUAAUGGGUUUCUUUACUGGACUGAACAUUCCCUCUGCAGCACAAGCUGUAUGUGUGGAGACAGCGCACAGCCUAACAAGUCACCUGACCCAAACUGAGCCCCCCCCCCCCCCCCCCCCCCCCCACUGUCGAUAACUUUAUUUUUUUAAUGAAUCGUUGCUUUUCUUCCAUGUAUCUAGGACCAAUGAUUACCAUGCCAUGACCAUACCAGAUUUAUUUUAAUGUUAAUUUUCUAUUGAAAAGCAGCAUAUCCUGAAGCUGGAUUCAAAAUGGCGUAUGUUAAUGUAUGGGAGCCACAGAACUCUGGCGGGCACAAAAAAAAAAAGAAAAAGAAAAAAUUCUGAAUAUAUUUGUUUGUCCCCGGAUCCUAACCAAAAUUCCCUUUCAGUUUUAUUUGUUCCUCCCCACUGUGCUGUUUACAAAUGUUUUAUCAAAGAGUGGAGUUGUGAGGAAGUUGAGUGAAGAGAUUAGCGCGGACUCUUCUAAAGUUGUUAUGGCAACAACCAUCAGGAAACAGAUGGUUAGUGUGAAAUGGAGUUCCCGCUUCUGGAGCGUCCCCUUACCUCCCGUGAUGCAGUGCAGCUGGCGGCCGGUUAGCCAGUGCUGCCCAGAACCCGCAGUGGAGGAGAGACGGGAGGGAAAAGUCACAAAAGGCGGACGUGUGAAGACUGUGGUCCUUCACCACACAAAGUCCCCAGAAAUCAGGUCUCUGUCAGAGUUCACUGACACACACUCCUCUGGCCCAGGCCCAUUAGCCAAAACCUGGGUGCCCUGUCAGAGGGAAGGAUUCAGCCUUGGUCUGGCCUGGAGAGAGCCCAAACUGCCUCCUUGUAACGCUUACUCAGUUUACAGAGAUGGGGAGGGGGAUCUGGAUCUUCAGCACAACUCUCACUCUGCUGGAGAUCCAGUGGAUCUUCAGCACAACUCUCACUCAUCUGGAGAUCCACUGGAUCUUCAGCACAACUCUCACUCUUCUGGAGAUCCAGUGGAUCUUCAGCACAACUCUCACUCAUCUGGAGAUCACUGGAUCUUCAGCACAACUCUCACUCUCCUGGAGAUCCACUGGAUCUUCAGCACAACUAUCACUCUUCUGGAGAUCCACUGGAUCUUCAGCACAACUCUCACUCUCCUGGAGAUCACUGGAUCUUCAGCACAACUCUCACUCUCCUGAAGAUCCACUGGAUCUUCAGCACAACUCUCACUCUCCUGGAGAUCCACUGGAUCUUCCGCACAUGGAGAGACGGCUGAAGGAUUCUAACACUGUUCUGCUGGUGCAGGUCCUUUAGUUUCUCAGAUUUCUCACUGUAAUUUCUGUUGUUUUGAGAUUAAUAUAUAUUUUUGAGGAAAACUGAACAUGAUGCCAUAUUUUUUGCUUGUGAACUUUGACCUUUUCGCCUGAACUUGAGCCUUUGUUUUUAUUGUAAUAUGGUUCUUCCAAAAUAAAGAGUGUAUAGUGCAGUGAAAAAAAAUCUAAAAUGGCAUGAGAAGGGAUCACGCUACAGGUUCGUGUUUGGUCCCUUCAACAUUUCUUUUUUAAUAUGAUCUUGCAGUACAAGAUGUGAAAAUGUUUCUAGAGAAACCUAAACUUUAUCAUUUCUGUUGUACUAAAUGCAGAGGAAUGACCUUGUUCACAAAAACAUGAAUAUAUUAUAUAAUUUUGAAAUUAAUCUUUGUACAGUGUAUAAAAUAUUUAAGAUUAUUAAAAACAUAACUUAAUUUGUGUUGAAAUGUUUAUAACCAAGUGUUGAUCAGUAUUUAUAGUAAGAGAAAAUGGCCUUAUUAAUAAUUGGAUUAUUCCCCGAUAUUGUAAUAAGAUUUUUCAUACAUUUAAUGCCGGUCAUUGGGAAGAUGAGCUGCAGUUCAUAGCUGAAAAUGCUUACGCUAAUUUUACAUUUUUUUUGCAGCAGUGUUUUCCCCAUUUCACUUGCUCUCUGUGCUUUUUGUACCAAUAUAUCAGAAUGUUCCAGAAUAAAUCUUUCAUUCUCAA